GUUUCCCGGGCCUGCCAGCGUCUCUGUGCGAUGCUAAGAACGAGGUGCACAAUAAAGCAAAAGCAGCUGCAGCUUCACCUGGUGCAUUGGGCAAGAGAGUGCAACAGCAACAUAUAACCAAUGCAGACGAGGUGAGGGAACGAGCGAAGUAGUAUUUACACAUAAUGUGUAGGAUGUAUGUUUCUUAACUGAAAGAAAUCGCAAACGGCCGAGAACACAAUAGCACUGUAGUAAGGGGCACGGUAUUCAAGGCGAGCUGUAGUCGGAGAUGCCCACCCGUGGCUCUAUUCGUUGUUAGGAUGGCUCAGAGAAUGCAUCUCUUCAUUUAAGUACUGCAAGACUGAACAUUCCACAAAGAUCUACAGUAACCAGUAAAAGAGGAAGAAUUAAUAGUUAAUGAAUGACUGCCCCUCAAAAAGGAGAAACUAAGAUGCCCAGUCCCUGUUUAUGAAGCACAACAAAGCUGCUCUGUGAAGCUCUUUUUUAAAUAGUAGACCUGGAUGUGCAAAUAAGAUCAUUUGUGGACUUCAUAGAAACAUUUCUUUUCCUAGUUAUAUAAUAAACAUCAGCAUCCAAGGACUAAUAAGGUCUUUGAAGAUCUUACCUAUUUCUCUGCUUUACAUACUACUGGUUUCUUCAAAGGGAGACUGGGUAUCAUCCAGAUAUGACUAACAUUUAAUAAAUCAGCAAUGGCAAGCAGAACACAGCAGGGAAUGACAGUGAACAUGUUGGACCAUGGAGUGAAGCCCUGCCCACUGCCUUCCCACGACACUGAACCAGAACAGGAAGAGACCAUUAAUUCAGUGGAAGAGUACAAUGAAGAUGAAGAUUUGGAAGAAAUUAAAAAUAGCAGACCAACUAGUCCUAGAGAUCUGGAACAAGAAACUGCGGACCACAGCGGUGAUGGUGACUCUAGUUCUGAUUAUGUGAAUAAUACUUCUGAAGAAGAAGACUAUGAUGAGGGGCUUCCAGAAGAGGAAGAGGGAAUUACUUAUUAUAUCAGGUACUGCCCAGAGGAUGACAGCUACUUAGAGGGUAUGGACUGUAAUGGGGAAGAGUAUAUUCCUCAUGAGGAAAAGACCAUUGACACUGAUGAAUGCCAGGAAGCCGUGGAGGAAGCUUGGGUAGAAUCUGAUGGAAGGUGUCAAAUUGUAACUCAGGUGACAGAGGAAGAAAUAUAUGAUGAAGGUCAGAUACAAAUCCUGGAGGUUGCAGGACCACCUCUGCAGGCUCAGCCUGUAGAGGAUAAUGAAGAAUAUUUUCAGAAUGAAGAGGGCUAUCAGAACUACUAUACUCCUGAGACAAAUGGUAACUUGCAGAGAGCAUCACCGUAUCAUUCCAGAAAAGGUGAAACUGAGACAGAAGACCAUGAAGAAGAUAUUGACCAGAUUGUUGCUGAAAUCAAGUUAAGUAUGAGUGUCAACAACCUCAACAGUGCAGCAGAACAGUGCCAGGAUGAUGCUGAGAAUGACAACACACCAAAGGACUGCAUGGAAACUGUCCAUAAAGGAGAGUCAGGGCAUACCACCAGCAGGCAUGAAGGAAGGCCAAAGUCUUUAAACAUUUUGCCCACUGCAAGGCAUAUUAGUGAAACACACAGGGGUUUUAAAGUAAAAGCAAGAACACCAGAAGAAAGGCAGAGAUGGACACAAGAGCAGCAGAUAUGCAACAGUUCAGAACAUCCCAGAAAGCAACAGCGUUCCGAUUUAAAUGGGCCAGUAGACAAUAAUAACAUGUCAGAGACAAAGAAAGCCACUGCUUUUCCAAGCUUUGUUGAUGUUCCAGGUCCAUGUGAACCUGAAGACCUCAUUGAUGGAAUCAUCUUCGCAGCCAAUUACUUGGGCUCUACACAGCUACUGUCAGAACGUAACCCAUCCAAAAACAUCCGCAUGAUGCAAGCCCAGGAAGCAGUCAGCCGUGUCAAGCGAGUACAGAAAGCAGCCAAAAUCAAGAAGAAGGCGAAUUCUGAAAGUGAAGUCCAGACAGUGACAGAAGUUGACCUUUUCAUUUCCACACAAAGAAUCAAAGUUCUGAAUGCAGAUACUCAGGAAACCAUGAUGGAUCAUGCAUUAAGAACUAUUUCAUACAUCGCUGAUAUCGGUAAUAUUGUUGUACUGAUGGCAAGGCGUCGUAUGCCUAGAACAGCUUCUCAAGACUGCAUUGAGACAACUCCUGGAGCACAAGAAGGAAAGAAACAGUACAAAAUGAUAUGCCAUGUCUUUGAAUCAGAAGAUGCACAACUUAUUGCACAGUCGAUUGGUCAGGCAUUCAGUGUUGCCUACCAGGAAUUUCUAAGGGCCAAUGGAAUUAAUCCUGAGGACCUGAGUCAGAAGGAAUACAGUGACAUAAUAAAUACACAGGAGAUGUACAAUGAUGACCUCAUCCAUUUCUCCAACUCUGAGAACUGCAAAGAGCUGCAGAUAGAGAAACAGAAAGGAGAAAUCCUUGGAGUAGUGAUUGUGGAGUCUGGUUGGGGAUCAAUCCUUCCAACUGUUAUUUUGGCCAACAUGAUGAAUAGCGGUCCUGCUGCUCGCUCAGGAAAGCUUAGCAUUGGUGAUCAAAUAAUGUCAAUCAAUGGAACAAGUUUAGUGGGACUUCCAUUAGCCACAUGCCAAGGAAUCAUUAAGGCUCUAAAGAAUCAGACGCAAGUAAAAUUAAAUAUUGUCAGUUGCCCACCUGUCACCACUGUUCUAAUUAAGAGACCAGAUCUGAAGUACCAGCUGGGAUUCAGUGUUCAGAAUGGCAUUAUUUGUAGCCUAAUGAGAGGCGGGAUAGCAGAAAGAGGAGGGGUCAGAGUCGGGCAUCGUAUCAUUGAAAUAAAUGGACAAAGUGUUGUGGCAACGGCUCAUGAGAAGAUAGUACAAGCACUAUCUAAUUCAGUGGGGGAGAUCCAUAUGAAGACUAUGCCAGCUGCCAUGUUCAGAUUACUAACUGGACAGGAGACACCAAUUUAUAUCUAAUGUGAGACUGUACCUUCAGCAGAGGAGGGGUUAUUGUGCCACGUCCAUUUAGGAAAAUCAACUUACAUUAACACAAUUGUAUUCCAAGUACUGAACUAGUAUCAAGCUAAAUGAAGAACUGAGACUUCAACAAAAUGAAUGUAGUGGCACCAUUGCCAGUUUCUUGCCAAAAGAAUCAUAGACAUGCAAAUGUUUUAAUUUUCUGGACACAGACUUUGCAUUUGGAAAUAUAAUGGUUGUACAGUAUUUACAAUGUACUGCAGACUGGAGCUGUCAUCACAACCAAUGACAGAUACUUAUUUGUGAAGUUUGUGUGUACGUGCUUUGUGUCCAAAAAAAUGUGAAUCUGAACAAUGGAUAAGUGGUGGUGAUGGAAUUCAGAAACCAAGCUGAAGAAGGAAAUGCUUGUUGAUGCUGAUCUGCCAAUGUCAGACAUUUGGGAAGUAUAUUUACAGUACAACAAGAGGAAAUUAUCUGCUCAUUUUAAUCUACAAAAGCCACAGAUGGAUGUUAAAAUCAGCAUAUAAUGAUGCAAUAAGAAAUACGUACAAUUUUUUUUUAGAAAACUGUCCAGUUUGUUACAAUGUAAUAACCUCUGGGUUAGUCUCACUGUUGUAAUUAAACAUCUUUCCAAAAUGUAUCUAAAUUAUGAAUGUCUCAUGUAUGUGUUGAAUAAUACUUGUCAUGUUUGUAUGUGCGUUUGUUGUCUUUUCUUGUUAAUGUUUUAAUUUAUGCAAAAUGGUAGCUUUGUAAAACAGAGCAGCAAGCUGCAGGAACACACCCAUCAGAAACAAUGAUAGUAUACUUUUGGCUGUAAAGUUUUUACGAAAAUAAUUCCAUUAAAUAUUUUAAGAACACUGCUGUAGUACUUAUGCAGUAAAGAACAUGUUAUGAAGUGGUGAGGCAAUGCAAAGGAUCACCAAAUUAAAUUACAAUUGUUCUUUGCCAGAUUUUUCUUUACUAAUUCUGGUGUUCCUAAGACUUUAAAAUGUUUAACACAAAUAUUCUGCUUUGUCUGUAAUCCUUUAUUUUAUUUGGUAUUUAAUAUGAGGAAAUUGUUGCUUUCCUUUUGAUCAUAUCUGCUUCUGAUAGUGGUGGCAUAUCCCUUUUUCUGGAAAAUCCAACCUGUCCAGGUGGUAAAUUGUAGCUGUCUAUUAAUAAACAUACCUGUCUGCUACUGUGCAGUGUAAUUUCACCCAUGCUUGAUACGUUUGGGAAAAAAGCCAUGAAUUCUAUACAUUUGUCCAUGAAAUACAAGCAUAAAAUACUUCCAGGUGGUUAUAUGUUAUUCAUAAACAGGAAGACAUCACAUCUCACCUAAAUGGGAGGGGUGUUUGCAGCUGGGGAAGUCUUAGGGAUAAAGAUAUUUCUUUACAUAAAAGUCUAUGCUGGGAAAGAUGAGAAGAACAAAAACUGAAAUUUUACAAAUGUUAAGCAGAAUUGUGUAGAAAUGUCUUGAGAUAACCAUGUGUGUAAAUGUCCAUUUUCAAAAAUGUUUAAUCCUGAAUGUACUGUACAGUGAAGUUAGAUAUCAUGACAUGCAACAGUAUUAGAAUAUGUGUAGCUACUGCAUCCUGUGGUAAAGGUGUACCACGUAGGGGACACCAUGUUCAUUUGAUGUAAUUUGUCCUCAUCUGGGGCCAAGGCCAGGGUAGAAAAAAACUCACACUGUGAUUUAAGAAGCCUUACCAUACAGUAAUUAACGUUUUGGAAUUACUGUGAUAAGUAAAUGUUGCAUGCAACUAAGAAUAGACUCAGAUUCUGGCAUAGAUCAUUAAUAAACUUGGAAGUCUUGAAACAAAA